AUGGCACAACAGGUUCAGAUGAGCGAUUUCGACAUGCAGCGCACCUUGGGGUGCGGGUCCUUUGGCCGCGUCAAGUUCGCAAAGUACAAGCCGGAUGGGAAGUUCUAUGCUGUGAAGUUCAUGAAGAAGCAUGAGAUCAUCAAGCUCAAGCAGGUGGAUCACAUCAACAACGAGAAGCGCCUGAUGGCCCAGAUUGCGCACCCCUUCAUCGUCAACAUGAUGGGCUACACCAAGGAUGAGCACUUUGUUUACAUCGUCAUGGAGUGCAUCAGCGGCGGAGAGCUCUUCACUCACCUGCGACGGGCGGUGGGAGGGGACUAG